GUACAACUGAGAAAUUUGUGUACUAAACUGGUAAGUAUAAAUACCAGUCAGGCAGGUCAAACGCUGACUUGCGAAUUAAUGGCGUGACGUCACGACGUACAGUACGCCUAAUGCGGUAGUGACAGGCGCUGUGGGGAGACGGGCUGGGAGCGUCUCUGUGAAGCAGGCAGUUUGGACAAACCCACCCGUUCACCUUCGCUGGCCGGGCCGCUAGAGCACGCAGGAAAGCCCGAGGCCCCUGGCAGACAUGGGGAACGCCGAAAGCGGCUGCGGAGGAGCCAGCGGCGACGAGGAGGAGUUGGAAACCGUGACCCCUGGCUUGGUGACGAACAGCCCGGCCUCGGGGGCUCCGGCGGGCGCCGGGGCCGGCGGGGGCAGCUCGGCAGCGGGCGGAAGAGGGGUGAGCGUCUCCCCGGGGCUCGUACCCUGCGGGGGGCUCCCGCCGCCCGACGCCCUCCUGGAGCAGGUGAAGCUCAGGGAGGCUGCCGCCCGCAUGAGCGACUCGUGGGUCGCCAUUUCGGAGUCGGUGCUGGCCCGGAACGAGAGCGCCCUGGUGCGCUGGCUGGAGGAGCGGCUGAGCCGGGCGGAGGAGUCGGUGACCCUGGAGCAGUUCUGCGAGAUGCUGGAGAGCCGCGACGCGCCGAGGGACGAGUGUGAGGAGGCGUUUGGGCAGUUUGAUGCCGAGGGGGAUGGCGUUGUUGACGUUGAGAACAUGCUGAUGGCUCUGAAGAACUGCAAUGGGGCAAACCUCCAGGGGGAGCUCAGUCACGUCAUCCGGCAGCUGCAGGCCUGCUCUCUCACUCCAGGCUUCGUUGAUAUUUUUUCCAAAUCGAAGGAUCGCCUUGGGCUCCAUGCCUCGAAGAUCUUGAAGUUCCUGCAUCGGAACAGGAUCCCCAGCAGUGCCAUUCCUUUCCCCAUGCUGGAGGGCUACAAUAGCAUUUGUGCGAUGAGGUCCUCUGUCGUCCAGGACUUCUUAGAUUUUCUCCUUCAGAAAGAGAAAGAUUUAGAUAUCCAGUACAGAGCUGAGCUCAGCCAGGAUCCAGAGGUCGACAAAGUGAAAAUUGUCACCCAGUGCUACAGCUUCAUAGAAGCCUCUUCGAAUGCUGCUGACAUUUACAAGAUGACUAAUGGGGAGACCAUGUCCUUUUGGCAAUCUGAUGGAAGUGCCCGAUCACACUGGAUAAGGUUGAAAAUGAAACCCGAUGUCGUAUUAAGACGCCUGGCGAUUGCAGUGGCUUCCAAUGACCACAGCUACAUGCCCCAGUUGGUGUCUGUGGCUGUAGGGAAGAACCGGCGGUCCAUGCAGGAAAUCCGGGAUAUUCGGAUUCCUAGUAACGUCACAGGAUACGUUGCACUUUUGGAAAAUGCCAAUAUCACCUACCCUUAUGUUCAGAUCAACAUCAAGCGCUGCCUGAGUGAUGGCUGUGACACACGGAUACAUGGCCUGAAGACCAUGGGCUAUCAGAUCACCAAGAACAAGGAGGUGUCUGUGUCUGAUGCUUCUGCUAUCUGGUAUCUGUCUCUUCUGACUUCUUUAGUGACGGCUUCCAUGGAGACCAACCCUGUGCUGGCGCAGACAGUCCUGCAGAGCACACAGAAAGCUUUGCAGCACAUGCCACCAUUGUCCUUAACUCCUGGAUCCACUGAGUUCCCCAAAUUCUUUUCGCCAAACAUUUUGGAGGAGGUGGAUGGAUUUCUUCUCAGAAUAGCGGACUGCUGUGUGACCCCUGAAACGGAGAUGACACUGCUGGCUUUUGCCCUGGCCCGGGGGAGUCUUGCCAAGGUGAUGAUGUCCCUGUCCAUCAUCAGUGACCAUCUGGGCACAGAGUACAGGGCCUCCUCUCUCAUCUCCUCCAUGGCUACAGUCAGACUCCAACUGCUGUAUAAGAAUGGGAAGCCUCUCCAGCUGAGGCUACAAGCCUGUGACGUGAAGGGGAAGGAGGAAAAAUCGGGGCCUGAGAACAUGCUGAUGGAUCCUCCUACUGCAGGGGAUGGUUUCCUCACAGAAAAUGGAAAGAAAAGAGCUAGCAUCAUCUUAUCAACAGAGGACCAAACAACCUUCCAGGUCACUCAGAUGAAGAUUAAAGUGCGAAAAGGAGCAAUUGGUGCCAAAUGUGGUCUGAUUUUUGCCUACAACGAGGCUGAAACAACAUUUGACGCAGAAAAGCACUUCAAAAGGUUUAAGAAGUAUGAUGCAUGGGACUUCAAUGAUUACCGUGAAUUUGUAAAAAAUAGCACGAGCCAGCGUUCAGAGCUGGGGGAGGAUGACCCUGUCGGCUGGUUUGAACUCGAGGAUGACUGGAAUGACGUGGAGGUCAAGCUGCAGCAGUGCUGCAUUACAAAGUACUUGAUGGUGAAAUUCCUAUGCACAAGACAGGAGACAGCCGAGCGUCUGGGAAUCCAGCAGCUAAGUUUUAGCGGAUACAUGCGGCCUGGAACUGAGCACAUAGACACGGAGAACCUGUACUUGCAAGGAGAGAAUGCAGAGUCUAGUGUGAUUUGCGGAGUUUCACUUAUACAGAAAACACUCUACUUCAUUCAGCAGCUUACACGUGACAUGGUGACUCAAGAAACAUCCAUGCUGAAACAGAAAUGUCUCCUGGACUUCAGUGGUCUGAAUCUAGAGCUGUUCUGGGACUUUUACAACAAACUCCUAAAAAACGAGGAGGUAGAGGCUGUGAAGACCCGGAUCUUGCUCCUGGAGCUCCUGCAGAGCUGUUUCCCUGUGCUGUCUGCCAGAGUCGCACCUGGAGCACCAGAUGGAGCCUCUUGCAGUGCAGAGCCGGAGCAGCCAGGGGCAGUGAAGGAGCUCUACACGCACCUCUGCCAAGUGGUGGAUAGCCCAGAAGGGGAGAGUGCUGUAGACAAAGCUCUGAGAAAAGAAGCUGUCAAGACUAUUCUGAAUGGAGCAGCUGUGUUCUUUCCUGACAAGCAGAGCAGGAGAGACAAGCUCUUUGUUAUGAUGAAAAAUAUCACAGCCGAUGAUCAGCCGGAGUCCACAAAGCUGAUGUUUGAGUCUCUUUGUAACUACUUCAGUGGUCAAGACCCCAGCGGUUUGCUGCUCCUUCCACCACAAGGUGCUCCUCCUGAUUUCGACACCAGUCCAGUUCUCAUGGUCAUGGACUCCAUGCUUUUGGUGGCAACCCGAGAGUGCGAGGUGAUGAUGGCAUGUGAGAGCAGUGGGCAGAGGAAGGUGCUGUUGUCCCUGUUCUGGGCUCUGCAGGGAAGCCUCCUGUCUUGGUGCUACCUCCAGCUCAAGGGAGGACCCAACAGUGCUGCUGAUCUUGCCAGGGAGAUCCUCCUUAAAUAUGUUGAUAGAUUCCUCUUGGGCACAAAGACUAUCCUGGUCUCCUUGUUGGAGAAGUACAGUGGAACAGAGAUCAUGGAGAGACUGAGCAGCUCUAUUCUGGCAACAACUACAAGACAACUGGCCAUUUUCCUGCUGGAGUUAUGCUCCUUGGAUAUCCCGCACAGUGUCCUAUUAAGAAGCUUUGCCUCUUUGGUAGAAUUACUCAAAGGCCUGUGUAGUGAAACCGAGGACAGCUUCUCCAAGGGGGAUCUGGAGAAUUGUCAACAGCCCCAGCAGCCUGUGGUGCUGAGGACAUGGGAGAUGGAGUCGCCACACAACUAUGAGAACAGCCGUCACGAGACAACCGGUUUUGUUUGUCCAGGGGCUACAUCCUUUGAAGUCGUUUUUGAUGACAGAUGUGAAACUGAAAAAAGGAAUCCUGUUAGAUACGACUACCUGGAGUUCACUGAUGCCAGGGGUGGAAAGGUUCGCUAUGAUAUGAAGGUUGGCACAGAGAAGUGGCCUAAGAAAGUUACUUUUAAGGCUGGUCCACAGCUGCAGUUUCUCUUCCACUCUGACAGCAGCAACAAUGAAUGGGGCUACAAGUUUACAGUUACAGCAUACGGCCUGCCUGAUGUCACUGUGUCCUGGGUAUCUGAUCUGCAGCUCCUAGUGUCCAGGUUAAUGGGUCGUCUGGCAUCUCGAACAAUGGCUCUGAAAUCUCCCUAUGAGAUCAGAAAUGUUAAAGAGCUCCCUGCUGGAAAGAUGUCGCAUAUUCUGAACUCCCCUCUGUGGAAGCCUCUCUUCCGACACGGGCUGCCUGAGGAAGACAGCUGCCCACCGUGCAGUACUGACAAGAAGAAGGUCAACGCUUGUUCCAGUGAAGAUUUCAAACAUUUCCUUGUUGACUUUGCCCACUGGGACCCCUCCAAAGAGCCCUCAGAUGCCAGGACUGGUCUCAUGAGAACACUCAUGCUUGCUUGUAAGAAGCAACCAUCCAGAAAUGAGAUUGCUGCCGGGUCAAAGGUCGACCAGGCUGUCAAUGCCAUCUGGGCGGUGAUGGUUUACCACACACCUGUUUUGCACGCUGCCCUUAGGAGCUAUGUUUCCCAAGGGGGUCAGGCUGUGCUAAGUGAAGAGUUUGUCCAGGUGUAUGCACUAGCUGAGGGGAUAAGAACCUGGAUGCUUGAAAUGAAACAAAGAUACCUGGUGGGAAAAAUGAGUCAGGCUGAUGAGAAAGACGAGGAUCUCUGUGAAGUCAAUAUGGAAUCUCUUGCGGAAAUCUGCAUCGAGAAAAGCCUGCUGCUUUUUAAAUUCAGCCCCGGUGGAGCUCAGACGCACGACGGGGAGCAUAGGAGGGAGGCAGGAGGCGCAGGGAGGGCUCCUCUGUUACUGCAGAGAUCAGUGUCCAUUUCUGAGGGAGAUUUCCAGGCCAGUGCCCCUUCUGCGUCGCAGGCCGACGCCCCAGAGGAUGCCUUGGUCUCGGAGCCAAGCCGCCCAGCCGCCGGAAUGGCACAGGAGAAGCUCGGGGGUGCCUUGUCUUCGGAUGCAAGCGAUUCCGCAGCUGCGGUCCCCAACAAAGGGUCCGCGGAGAGCCUUCCUCUUCAGGGUGGCGAGCCUGCCUCUCCUUCCACUCCGACUCGAAAGGCCCCUUUCAGCAAGGGCCGCCUGCGCCUUCUGUCCUUCAGGUCCAUGGAGGAGCCCAGAAUUGUCCCUUCUGUUAAGGAGAAGUAUCCCCUCUUGAAGCACAUCAUGGACUUCAUAAAGGACCAAGCCAUCAGUGAGACACAUGUCUUGCAGGUCCUUACUCUGAAGAUGACCCAGGCACGGAGUGUGUCGGAGGUGCUGAAGACCGUGUGCCAGUGUUUUGGGUCACUGGGGGAUCCUCACCUCUUCCAGGCCCCCUGUAUCCUCUUCCUGCAGGAGAUGCUGGCCUGUCAGAAGGAUUUUACAAGUUACUUUGCCCAGUUGGCUGGCAGUGGGCACAGGUUGCGAGAUGAAGUACGCCAGUCCUACCAUGACCUGGUCCUGAUAUUGGUGGAUGCAGUGCAGGGCUUCAGCAUCCUUGAUGACAAGUCUCUGCUCCCUGCUCUGUCUUGUGUGCAGACCUGCUUGCUUCAUCUGCUGGAUAUGUGCUGGGAAGUGCAAGAUCUUUCCUUGUUCCAGGAAAUUAAACUGCCGGACCUCCUUCUGACCAUGUCUCAGGAGAACAUUAGUGUUCAUGACAUUGCCAUCAGUCAGUGGACAGAGGAGGAUGAGAUCGCGGACUACGAGAGGAACUGCGAGUGGAUGGAUGAGUGCCAGGACGGGAUGUUUGAGCGGUGGUACGACAAGAUUGCUCAGGGAACUCCUGAAGACAGGAGAAAGAUGCACAUGUUCAUUGCUCGAUAUUGUGACCUGUUAAAUGUGGAAAUCUCUUGUGAUGGCUGUGAGAGGAUCGCACCCUGGCACCGAUAUCGCUGCCUGCAGUGUACCGACAUGGACCUGUGCAAAACAUGCUUCUUAAGUGGGGCUAAACCUGAGGGUCACGAGGAUGACCAUGAGAUGGUCAAUAUGGAGUACGCCUGUGACCACUGCCAGGGGCUGAUCGUCGGCAGCAGAAUCAACUGCAAUGUGUGUGAAGAUUUCGAUCUUUGCUACGGUUGUUACAAUGCAAAGAAAUACCCCGACAGCCAUUUGCCAACCCACCGCAUCACCGUCUAUCCCAUGGUGACUAUCCGGAUCAGUGAUCGUCACAGGCUCAUUCAGCCCUAUAUCCAUAACUACUCCUGGCUGCUGUUUGCCGCUCUGGCUCUUUACACCUCAGACCUCACCAGCGAGCAAGAGAUGGAGGGAGAAGCUCUGGACUCCCAAACUCUUGCUAGAGCCACAGCUCUGCAGACCCGCUGCUCUGAGCUCAUUGCAGACUGCCUGCUCAAAGGACAGACUGGCAAAGGCCUGAGAGCAUCGGCUCUCCUCUCGUUGUUGUCGCCCAAUGAUUCGGCUUCCGAGAGCGAGCUUUGCCCUGUCAGCACAGAGUCCAGCCAGGAGCUGAGCACUACGGAUUCCUCCUCCCUGCCUGGCAGCACUGCUGCAGUGUGCUCUCCACUACCUUCCCGGGACAAGAACAAGGACCACUCCCAGGAUGGAGAGCUAAAUCCUGUUCCCAAAGAAGCAUCCGGACUUGAGACUUCUAAUGACGCAGAGGGCAAGAAAAAGAGACUCUUGUCACAAGACACACUGGAUUCCGCUAGCUUCAGCCAGACACCCUCUGUAUCCAGCGAGGAUACCCUGUCCCCGGUCAUCAGAGGCUCUGAAUGCAGUGCAGAGACAGCAACCACACCCGUACUGGACUCGCAUGAGGUUUCCAAAGAGCAGGACGAGAAGACGGCCAGGGUUCCACUCCAAGAGCAUGUGUUUGCAGAGUGCUCCCGAGAGCGGAUUCUGGGAUUGCUGGCUGCUAUGCUGCCUCCAGCUAAACCAGGCUGCACCAUGUCACUGUUCAAUCUGAGGCCGAUCCUACCACUGCUGUUCCGGGUGGUGAUCUCCAAUGCAGGAUGCCUCAACGAGACCUACCACCUGACCCUGGGGCUCCUCGGUCAGCUGCUGCUCCGGAUUUCCCCAGCCGACUCCGAUGCCGCCGUUACCGAAGCCCUGGAGGACAAGUUUGUGCUGCUGGCUCAGGGAGAUGGUGCUCCACAUGCUGAUGGCUGGAAGACCACACAGCUUCUUUUCAGCCUGGGGGCCGUGUGUCUGGACAGCCGAAUUGGUCUGGACUGGGCUUGCUCCGUUGCAGAUAUUCUGCAGGAUCUUAAUGCUUGCGCUAAGUGGUGCGAUGUCAUUGCGGCCUUCACCAAUCACUGUGUCAAACAGCUGCCUCUGCAGCUCAAACGCACAAACCUCUUCACUCUUCUUGUGCUUGUCGGUUUCCCAGAGGUUUUGUGUAUGGGAACACACUCAAUUUUCAUUGAUAAUGCCAACGAGCAGCACAAUAUGAUCUUACUGAAGCACUUUACAGAGAAGAACCGGGCAGCUGUGGUGGAUGUCAAAACCCGCAAGAGAAGGACAGUGAAAGAUUAUCAGCUGGUACAGCCUCAUGAAUACGGUUGCACCCCUGAGACUCAUGCCAGGAAGCAGGCUCCACCUCAGUCUCAUCUCAGCCGCUACCUCCAUAGCUUCAUCAUGAUCAUCAGUCACCUGCUGCAGAACAACCUGGAGUGCAGCUCCAGUGAGGCUGUAGAGGCCACAUGGGUCUUAUCUCUUGCUCUUAAAGGCCUUUACAACAUUCUGAAGAAACACGGUGUUGAAGAGGCACAGGCAGCUAUUCAACAGUCAGGGCUAAUAAAACUACUGGUGAGAAAGUGCAGCAAGGGAACUGGAUUCAGCAAGAUGUGGCUCCUUCGGGAUCUUGAGAUCUUGUCUAUAAUGCUGUACUCCUCCAAGAAGGAAAUCAACUCGAUGGCUGAGGACACAGACACCGAGAACGAGGACAGGGAACAGGAGAAGGAGCCGGACUCUGAUCACUCCAGCUGUUGUGCAGAUGACCUGGACCCGAACAAACCAGACCCCCUGGAGGGCCUGGAUGAGGAGACGAAGAUUUGUUUCCAGAUAACUCAUGAUGCCCUCAAUGCCCCCCUACAUAUUCUGCGUGCCAUGUAUGAGCUGCAGAUGAAGAGAACAGACUCCUUCUUCCUGGAGGUGCAGAAGAGGUUCGACGGCGACAUGAUAAAGACAGAUGAGACAAUCCGCACGCUGGCACAGAAGUGGCAGCCUGCCAAGAGGACACGUUCAGGGGAGAGGAGCGCCAAGGCAGUGGACACUGACAUGAUUGUUAUGCCAUGUGUAUCCAAACCCAGCCGCUGUGAGAAGGCCACAGAGGAGACCAACAUGGUCACCCAGAAGCUGAUCACCAACACGGAGAGCGACCUGCAGAUGAGCUAUGCCAAGCAGCGACGCACCAAGAGCUCAGCCUUGCUGCACAAGGAGCUGGAUGCCCGCAGCAAUAAGUCGGUGCGGCAGUACCUGUUCAAGGUCAAUGAAGCCAUCGCCAUCCUUUAUGCCCGGCACGUGCUGGCCUCCCUGCUGGCAGAGUGGCCGGAAGGGGUAGCCAUGAGCGAAGAAGUGCUGGAGCUCAGCGGGGCCUCCCACAUGGCCUACAUUCUGGACAUGCUGAUGCAGCUGGAGGAGAAGCAGAUGUGGGAGAAGAUUCUGCAGAAAGUUCUCAAGGGCUGUAGCAAGAACAUGCUGGGAAGCCUGUCCCUCACGGCCUGUCAGUUCAUGGAAGAGCCAGGGAUGGCAGUGCAGGUCAGGGAAUCCAAGCACCCUUACGACAACAACACCAACUUUGAGGACAAGGUCCAUAUCCCUGGUGCCAUUUACCUGUCCAUUAAGUUUGAUUCCCGCUGCCACACUGAGGAAGGCUGCGACGAGCUGCUCAUGUCCAGCAGCAGCGAUUUCCUCCAGGACCACCACAACUUCAGUGGCUCACCGCAGAAGUGGACGGAUUUUGAAAUUCCAGGGGAUACCUUGUACUAUAGGUUCAUCUCUGACAUGAGCAACACAGAAUGGGGAUACAAGUUUACAGUUACUGGAGGCCACAGAGGCAGAUUCCAGACAGGGUUUGAGAUCUUGAAGCAGAUGUUGGCGGACGAGCAAACCCUUCUGGAUCUGCCAUUGGCCGACAUCUGGGAGUGGCAGGUGGGCGUGGCCUGCCGACAGACCGGAAAUCAACGCCUCAAAGCCAUUCAUUUAUUGUUGAGGAUUCUUCACUGCAGCUCCAACAGUGGCUGUGACCUGACUCUGCUGAGGCCACUGUGGCAGCUCUUCAGCACCAUGGAGAGCGGCUUGAGCCAGGACCCCACCAGUAUUAGUGUCCUGCUGCCUCUGCACCGCGCGCUCACAGAGCUGUUCUUCAUUGCAGAAAGCAGCGCUACAGAGCUGGGGGUUCUCCAGGAAUACCUGAUAGCCCUCACUACAGAUGAACAGCUCCACAUCCAUACAGUACAGGCACUGAAGAACAUUGCUGCUAUUAGCCUGGCCAUUAAUUACCCAAAUAGAUCAACAAAGCUACUGAAUGUGUCACCGUAAAUUGGAAAGAUCUGACAGAGCACCCAGAGAAGUUUGGAUGGCUGGGAAACGUACAGUGACGCCUCUUGAAUGUCUUCCAGUAAAUCUGACUUUGAAAGGGACACCAAACUGUGUCUGAAGUGAUUCAAGCAAUGUUUAUAUUAAAAAAGCAGAUUGGUUUGGAACUCAUUGCCUUGUCAUAUCACAGGAGCAGCCAGAUCGAGCUUUUUCUUCUGAGGCUUCUGACAGGCAGGUCACUGGCAUACAGAAUGUAAACUUGAAGAUGAUUUUCUGAACCAUAGUAAAGGUUCCAUAAGUAUCUCUAAUACUUAGCAUUUCAAAUAAAGAAAGCACUGCAGUCGAAUGGAAUUGCCUCUCAUCUCACUGACAGCAAAGUGUGUUAUUAAGUCACCGCAUUACUUUGUACUGUUCAGUGUCCAUCUCUUAUCUUCUUUAAACUUGCCUUCAAAAUAGCAAUCAGAAAUGUCUGCCUGUGCCAGAAGUACAGUUCACCCGUUUUUGAAAAUCUAGUUGUACAUUUUUCUUAGAUUUUCAAGUCUGUUCUAAAUAAAGUAUAUGUGCCAUAUUGCUAGAUAUUUUAAGAAUUUCUUUUAAAAAUGGUUUUACUAAUAGAUCAUUGUAAAAUCAGAUCCGCUUCUUUCACACAACAGGUGGUGCAGCCGAAAAACCACAGUGGUACACUUGGAAACUUAUUCAGGACGUAUGGACUAUCGUUUUUCACACCCUGUUUGAAUAUGGAAUCGGGAAAUAUUUGAUGUGCAUAUUUCUGUUUUAGUAUAAAAAUGUUUAGGAUAGAGUUGUUGUUCUGUCCUUACUAAAUUUAUAAAGGAGCUGAGUGAUAUGCAAAAAUAACGGACAUAAUAGUUCAUAUAAUAAGCAAACUGCAACAAAUGUAAGAAUACUGUUCAAACCUUCUCGGCACAAAUAUCUUGAGUAAACUUGAGUCGACUUUUUUUUCAUGAGGUCUUUCUUUCAUUUAGAUUAUCGGCUUUCACACACUAUUUGCUUUUUUUUUUAAUUCAUGACCACUGAAGUGAGACACUCUUAGUUUUAAGAAUUGCAUUUAGCAAUCCUAACCUUUACCUUAUGGAUAAUUUAUUUUUAUUAUGUAGAACCAUAACCUUGUUUUAAUCCUUUUAACUGCUACAGCCCAAGGUGUUAUUUCCUAAAAUUAUAUCUGAAUCGGGCACCCUGGCUCUUCUGAUGUAAACAGUUGGUUUAAAGCAAUCCAUCCUUAUGUGUUUUCCGGUAGGCUAGCAAAGACACAUGACGGAAAAAAUAUUCAUCUUUUCUUUUCUAGUUCUAAUAGUUCUACUGCUUGUGGAACAAGUCUCUUUGGGUAAAACAAUACUCACUUUAAAACCAAACUUGUUUGUUUGUCUUCACUUGGACAUGUGAACAGAAAGAGUUCAGAUGUUAUUCAGCGAAAAAAUGCAACAAUGUUUAUUUGACGUCUCUAGUGCUAUGAAUAACAUGCUCCCUUCAGAAUUGAUCUGACAUACAAAAAUUAAAAACUUGGCAUGUUGCUUUCCUUCACAGUGCACAUUGAAUAACCAAUAUCUUUAGAAAAGGGAACUUUUUUUUUUUACAGUGUUUUUCCAUGAUGGCGCAGGUGAAUUGCACUGAAGUUAUUUUUAUUUCUUUUUAAGGUAGUGGUCUUGGUUGUGUCCUUAGCUGCUUUAAUAAUAAAAUAACUUGGUUUAAUAUUCAUUUAAGGAAUUAAAAGAAAUGCCUAGCAAAACACAAGGGAAAAAACAAUGAUGUACAUACCAAAGAAAUAAUUACUGUCAAAUGUGUUCAAUUUGGAAUAUUAUAGAUUGAACUAUACUUUAGAGGCACUUUAUUGAUAGCCUGAAAUAUGAUUUAUAUUGUGGAUUAUGCACUUGGUGAUUGACAUGUCAACUGACAGAAGCUGCAGAGAUAACAGAUUUAACCCGUUUACAUAUCUGUUUAGUUAAGCGUUGUGUUAAUUUCUUCAGCCUCUCAGCACCUGAGUAGUCUUUGCUUAGGUAGUUUUAGGAGCAACUCGGUUGAAUUGAGAUACCCAACGCCACGUAUUUAAAUGUGCCUAAGGUUAUAAAAAUAAUUCUAAUUUAAUUUUCAUACCAUUGUAAAGGUUUAUCAUAUUUUUUCAAAAAAUACUUUGACAUUUUGACAGCUUUUCUAUCUUCUUGCUUUAUUAUUUUUAAGAUAGUUUAUACAGUUGGUAUUUCUUUGAAAAUGGCCAGAUUUAAAUGUACUGUAUAUAACUGUGAAUAUUGUUUAAUGCAGGAAUAAAUUAUACACGUUGAACCAGAAAGCUUUUCAUACUCUAAAUGUCAUAAUUUAAUAUAUCUUUUUGGUGAUGGGCUGAUGAAAACAUAUAUAAAUUGAAAAAAAGUAGCAUUUUUGAUUUUGUAUGUGCGAAAAGGUCCCAUUAAAAAAAUAAUCUGA